AUGGAAUACAACAUGGAAGACAGCCAGAACUCUGCUCCCGGCAGUGUCCAAGCCGCCAAGCUCAACUCUGGUUCCAAGGGUCCUGACUCUCAGAGCACCACCAAGAGACUUCAGACUGAGUUGAUGCAACUCAUGACAUCGCCCGCUCCUGGUGUUUCUGCCUUCCCCUCAGCAGACGGCAACCUCCUGUCAUGGACUGCCACCAUCGAGGGUCCGGAAGAUACCCCUUACUCUGGCUUGACUUUCAAGCUCAGCUUCGCUUUCCCUUCCAACUACCCUUACGCCGCACCUACAGUGCUCUUCAAGACACCCAUCUACCACCCCAACGUCGACUUCUCCGGCCGUAUUUGUUUGGACAUUCUCAAGGACAAGUGGACCGCCGCUUACAACAUCCAGACGGUUCUGCUGAGUCUGCAAAGCUUGCUAGGCGAGCCCAACAAUGCCUCUCCCUUGAACGGUGAAGCUGCCGAACUAUGGGACAAGGAUACAGAGGAGUUCCAGAAGAAGGUGCUGGCACGUCACGUUGAUGUCGAGGACGAGUAA